AUGCCUCAACCACAACCUGUAGGACCGAGGGCGCCAAAGGACGAUUUCAUGAAGGCUCUGGGCUUGAGUACCACCGAUCCACGCCACGAGGGCUACUAUCGAGCGAUGCGGGAGGAAGCAAUCGCUGUAUACAGCAGGCUGAAUUCCGAUCGAACCAGUCUGAUAGACGAAAAACGUAACGAUGGAUCAACAACGCCGCCCUUCUUUUGGCACCACAUCCGUCAAGACCGUCGUCGGCAAGCCAUCAUCGACACAUGGCAACAGGCGAAACCGGGCACCAUUCAACGUACACUGUUUGAUCGAGGCGCAACAACCGGUGAACAUGCUCCCAACUGGGUAACUCUGUGGCUGCUAUACAGUGUCUUUCGGUCCCGAGAUAUCCGUAACAAUCGCAAUCGGCGGGCUGGAGAGGGCGGUAGUGGCGGAGGUCAGAGUUCUGGGUCCCACGAUGCCGCGAUAUUUGAUCCGGCUAGAGACAAAUAUGUGCGUCGCUGA